AGUUUCAGGUCCCACCACUUUCAACCGGAAGUGUGGAUGUAAACAAAUAGUUGAAGAGUUAGCAAUAUACUGUUUGAUAGCUGCGGUAUUAUUAUGAUGUAGAUGCAUGUUGUAGAUUUUAAGUUGUGAUGUAACUGACUUUGUAUUACACCUAUCACUAGUCUUACGGUCUCCGAAUUCGACAACAGCCAACAUUUAUGAAUCUUUUGUUAGCUAGCUGCCAUCUAACGUUAGCUAAACGCCUAAUCUUAUUGCGGUAGCGUUAACAGUACAGCGUUUAUACGGCAACUUACCAGCACAAAUGCCGCAAGAGGGAGAGCCGUCUCUUCCACUGGUUCGCUCCCUGAACAGUCGAAUACGCAUUAAUGUUGUGUUUUAUAACUACAGUCCCCGGGUCGUACGGCCACUGUGGAUAGAUUACCGCGGGCAACCUCAUAAAUACGAUGACUUACAGCCAGGAAUGGGACAGAAAAUGACUACAUUCGUCGGUCACCCAUGGAUGUUCAGAGAUGCAGAGACUGAUGAGCCAUUGAGGGUGAACGGCAAAGAACUGUUUCUUCCUAAACCAGAAGACUUUGGAAAUACUAAAUUGGUUAAUAUCACAUUACCAGUUUAUAGCCUCAAGGAUCGUGCUCUUCAGGUUGUUCGGCGUCUUGUACAACCAAAAGACUACAGGAGGUUGGAAAUAGCACAGUGUCUACAUGAGGAGCUGGAAGAUCAGCCCAGCACGCUGAAAGACCUUCACCGCAUUAACCAGCAAGUAGAGCGGCAUCUGCUGGAGAGGAUCCAAGGCCAGGAGGAAUGAGGCCUGAAACUGGAUGGACAUGGAUCACUUUUGGACAGCAAUACUGUACUGUACAUUAUUAGAAAGGCAACAAGCAAACUCCCUCAGAAAGCCUUUUUGACCAUUUGCAUAAGACAGAAGAGUGUUUUUGUCAUAGAUGUAGGUGCAUUUUUCAAGUUAGGCUGUUUGGGAAAAUUCACCAUUUUGUCACCAUACAUGGACAGUCUCUUCUGAACCUUGGAAGAAAAACAACAUAAUUAAGCUUGUCUUUACAGCCUUUAAGAUCAGGCUGUGAAACACUGUGACUGCUUUUGUUUCUUAAUUCCUUUCAUCUUUUGUUCGUCUUUGACAUUUAGAAUUUAUACAUUGUUACUGUAUCUAUGAUUUUCAUUGUUUAUUUGUGCACUAAAUAAAUUAGAUAU